CGGGUGCCUGGGAAUAUAAUUGGUUUUGUGUGGCUGUUACUGCCUUUCCCUCAUUCGCUUCUCUUUCUUUUUUGUGCUUUCUGGAAAUAUUCUCUAUUAUUUUUUGCUUACGAUAGCUUAAACUUGGUCACGACAAAGCGCGAAUCAUGCCUCUCAGCUUAGGGUUGGGCAGCCGCGCUCGCUUGCUGUUGCCGCAGCUGUCGAAACUAGUUUCUUCGGCCUCAACCUCACACACUCACAGGCACAUCUCAGCCACGACUGCACCGCGCAGUAAAAGCACGCUGGAAGAGCUCGCCGCAGUGCAAAAAUGGGGGGACAAUGUCCUUGGAAAGAGCUCUGUUUUGUGGGAUCGCAUGGAUCCCCGACAGCUCACACUCCUGGACCAGUCGAUCAGGCCGUACCUUCCAGCUAGCUAUCCCAGCCUUCCGCGCGACGCUCGGGUGGGAGAUGUUUCCGAGGGAACCCCAAUACCACCAGCUGCGUAUCUGGUGUACUUUCCGGCAGCCAAAGGCGAGUCUGAGCUUGCCCCCGACGGUUAUUUUGCUGACGAAGCGCCGCCCGACCCCUUCGGCCAGCGUGUGUGGGCUGGCGGGCUCAUGGAUUUCAGCGCAGAAAAUCCGCUUCGGGUUGGCGAACUCACGUCGCAAACAAAGCGCAUCGAAGACGUUAAGAUCAAAGAGAGGUCGGGUAUGGACCCCCUGGUGAUUGUCAGGCUUGUCCUUGAGAUGUACAACAGCCGCGGGCUUUGUGCUACCGAGCAUCGUGAUCUGGCGUAUAUGAAGCCAAUCGAUUUACAGCGCAAGACUGUCAAGCAUAACCGCCAGCCUGACUUUGGGCACGAGAUGGUGCCAUCUGAGAUCCUUUUGUUUAGGUACUCGGCACUGUCGUGGAACUCACAUCGCAUUCACUACGAUGCAGUUUACGCGCGCGAAACCGAGCGCCAUCCGGGCCUUUUGAUCCACGGCCCACUGACAUGCACGCUGCUGCUGCAGCUACUCGAGGCGAAUAUGCCGGAGGGAAUGGUGCUCAAGUCGUUCGACUACCGUGCAGUCACCCCGAUGUACUGCCAGCAGGGCAUGCGACUCAACGGGCGAUUGAUACAGGCGCCGCAAAGAGCCAAUACCAAAUGCGAUGUUGUUGGCCCUAAGAAAUGCGAGCUUUGGUCGACCAACGAUGAAGGCGGCAUUUCCAUGAAGGGUGUGGCCACGAUUGUUCCUCGGGCUUAGAGCGGGUCAAACUUGAUACCAAAACGGGGGAUGUGGCUGUGCUGGACACAGUAUCUAAUAUUUUACU